GAGACUUCCCCCCCGAUCUCUGACUGUACUCCCCGUGACUUCCCCUUCGAUCCCUGACUGUACUCCCCGUGACUUCCCUCGGAUCCCUGACUGUACUCCCGACGUUGCAGAUCCCGGAUUUACUCCCCGAGACUUCCCCCGGAUCCCUGACUGUACUCCCCGAGACGUCCUGACCCAGCACCCCGGAUCCAAACAAAGACUUACAACAUUAUAAGGACCUUCUAUGAUCCCACCAACUUGUCGUUUGUUUUAUUGGCCUUAAAACUGUGAUUUCUACCACUGUGUGUGAACCUUUUCAGUUGUAAGCUCCUAUACCUGGAAGAACGUACAUAUUGGGUCUUGUAUACCUGGAAGAACGUACAUAUUGGGUCUUGUAUACCUGGAAGAACGUACAUAUCGGGUCUGGUAUACCUGGAAGAACGUACAUAUCGGGUCUUGUAUACCUGGAAGAACGUACAUAUCGGGUCUUGUAUACCUGGAAGAACGUACAUAUCGGGUCUUGUAUACCUGGUAGAGAUUGUGUUGAUGGAGAUUGGUGAUCGUUUCUCUUCCGAUCAUAUUCAGGAUUUUGGAACCCUGCUCAUCUCGAUCCUUCUAGGUCUUAGGAGAUGGUGUUCCGUCUGUUUGGUCCUUCAGCAUUCUUCAUCUGUUGUUUUUUCUGUUUACAUCUGAACUAAAAACUAACAAUACCGAGACUUUCCAACCCGGAAAACGAUUGGAAGGAAUUCCGGGAAUCUGAUGGGAAAGUCUGGAAUUUACAUCCAGGUAUGAGAGACUGCGCUGUACACAACCUGUCCCGGGGAUCUCUGCCGCAGAGCCUGGAUGACCGAAUCUUCCCUGCCGUCUAUAGCACGGUGGCGGCACAAGUAGCGAGGCAGCCGGGGCCUCCCGCCCCCUCGCCGUAUUCUACACACGACCUGAGCAAGGGCCACCCCAAUCUGGCUGCUACACCUCCUGGGCAUGCGUCAUCCCCGGGACUGUCACAGUUUUUUCUUCAGGCCUCUUAUGCCACAGGACAGAAUGCCACGGCCACCCUGGUGUACCAGCAGCAGCCGCCGCAGACCAUGACGACCCAGCAACAGAAUCGCUCUCCGUUUGCAGCUGGACCGCGGCCGACUCAUCACCAGGGAGGAUUCCGACCCAUCCAGUUUUUCCAAAGGCCACAGAUCCAGCCGCAGCGCACCACCAUACAGAAUAGUAACCCCUCCAUCCGAACAGGUGCGCAGACGCCCACCGCCGUCUAUCAAACCAACCAGCACAUCAUGAUGGUCAACCAUGCCAUCCCGAUGCCAUAUGCAAUGACGCAGGGUCCUCAGUACUGUAUACCACAGUAUCGACACAGCGCCCCCCCUUAUGUAGGACCUCCACAGCAGUAUCAAGUGCAGCCUCCGGGCCCCAAUCCCUUCUACCCCGGCCCUGGACCUGGAGACUUCCCAUCCCCAUACGGGACCCCCUUUUACUCCAGUCAGCCGGUGUACCAGUCAGCGCCUAUCCCCAUAGUGCCUCCACAGCAGCCACAACAGCCACCACCUCCCGCCAAGAGAGAGAAGAAGACGAUCCGAAUCAGAGACCCGAACCAGGGUGGCAGAGACAUCACAGAGGAAAUCAUGUCAGGAGGGGGCAGCAGGAACCCGACUCCCCCCAUCCUCCGGCCCAGCUCUACGCCAACUCCUCCUCAGUUUUUCUGUUCCCGCGCUCAUUAUCACCCUCUUUUGUACUUCAAAUCCCAGCAGCUUCCUAGCCAGGUUCCUGAGCACAGCCCAGUGGUGUAUGGGACUGUGGAGAGCCCUCAUCUCACUGCCGUCAGGGACCCCAAAAUAGAGGAGAAGCCGAAAUUGGACCCCGUGUUGAAAUCAUCUCCUUCCGCCCCGGUACGCGCAGAGCCGUUCAUUGCCACAAAGUGCUCUACACCGGAACAGAUCGUUGAGCCCGUAGCGCCGGAGGCCGGACCGGAGCACCACCUGACGCCUGGAAUAUUGCCCGGGGUGGCAGCUGCGGCCAUGGCUCCUGUGGUUGUAGCCACAGAGUCUUUCCCCUGCCUCCUGGGAGACAUGAGCGAGGGUGAGAGCACCGCAGAGGAGUGCGGGUCUCCCGACGAGGCCACCGCGGAGGACGCCGAAGAGGAGCUAUGCAAGGAACCGCCGGGGCCUACCGUAGCCGCUGAGACCCCGGUGACCCCUCAGGAAAUGAAUGGCAUAAGCUACGAACACUCGGCCGUGGACAGUGCUGUGGGUGAGAAAGCAAUGUUGGGGGAAGAAGAGACUUUGCCGGAUGUGCCGGAGCCGGCACCGGCGCCCCCCAUGGAUAUAAGUGUAGAAUGCACUUCUCCUCCAAAUGUGCCUCAAACGUUGCCCGUACAGCCGGAAUCGCCCCCUCCUCCUCUCAUCGCUGCUGCUCAAUGUACCACUAAGACCUCCCCCAUUCCAUCCGUGGUGUCGGACCACGUGGAUGAGGAGGACGGCGACGACGACGGAACGCCCAGCUUGGACGGGGACGUGGACUCGGUGAACGCGAGGUCGCCAGAUACUUACACAGAACUUGAGCCAAGUGUGACCCUUCUAAGCUUCACCUCAAGAAAGAGUCCCGUGGAAGCACAGACUGCGGCAGCUGCACCAAAGAUGUGGCAGAAACCAAAAGACGAGAACCCGCACGCCGAUGAGGUCCUGCCAGCCGAUGUUGAGCUGCAGGAACAGGGCGAUGCGGAAGAGGAGAAGGCUGCGGAGAUGGAGCAGGAGGAAGACGAAGACGUUGUCAAUGCAGAGGUCGAUCACCCGUACCUUAACUCUAAACUGCCAGAGGAGAACGGUGAGGCCGAACCCUUCCGUAACGGGGCAGACACCAUCUCGGAGGGCGAUGGGGGAGAGGUCCCGCUGGGCCCGGAGGAGGGCUACCCCUUCAAGUCAGGUGUCAUUCUGGCAGAGCAGCCUACCGACGUGUCCCCGGAUGCCCCGGCAGCGCCAGCUUCUUACGUACCGCAGGAUGGAAAGCGUCAGUAUGACCGGGACUUCCUUCUGGGCUUCCAGUUCAUGCCGGCCUGUGUGCAGAAACCAGAAGGCUUGCCGCCAAUCAGCGACGUGGUCCUGGACAAAGUGAGGAAAGAGAUUAAUCAGCCGAAGCUUCCCAUGAGGACUCUGGACACGCGCAUGCUGCAGAAGGGGCCGGACUUCACCCCAGCGUACGCAGAUUUUGGACGGUUAUCCCCGGGGGGUCGUGGGGUACCUUUGCUGAAUGUUGGCGGACCCAGGCGGGCACAGCCGGGGGGCCAGAGAAGGGAGCCGAGGAAAAUCAUCAUGAACAUCUCGGUGACAGAAGAUGUCCACCUGAAGAAGUCGGAGAACGCCUGGAAACCCACCGUGAAGAGAGACAGCCAGCCUGAGGACCCCGACUCUGUGCGCACCCAGGCUCUCUUCCGGAAAGUCCGCAGCAUCCUGAACAAGCUGACCCCACAAAUGUUCAACCAGCUGAUGAAGCAAGUGACGGACCUGACGGUGGACACGGAGGAGAGGCUGAAAGGCGUCAUUGAUCUCGUCUUCGAGAAGGCGCUCGAUGAGCCCGGCUUCUCUGUAGCAUACGCCAACAUGUGCCGGUGCCUCGCCACGUUGAAAGUGCCGAUGACCGAUAAGCCCGGGAGCACCGUGAAUUUCCGCAAACUGCUGCUAAACCGCUGCCAGAAGGAGUUUGAGAAGGACAAAGCGGAUGAUGACGUGUUUGAGAAAAAGCAGAAGGAUUUGGAGUUGUCAAAAACGUCAGAAGAGAAGAGCCGUCUUCAGGACGAGCUGGAGGACUCGCGGGACAAGGCCAGGCGGCGUUCUAUCGGGAACAUCAAGUUUAUCGGCGAGCUCUUCAAGCUGAAGAUGCUGACGGAGGCCAUUAUGCACGACUGUGUGGUGAAGCUGCUGAAGAACCACGACGAGGAGUCCCUGGAGUGUCUCUGCCGCCUUCUCACCACCAUCGGCAAAGACCUGGAUUUUGAGAAGGCGAAGCCGCGGAUGGACCAGUACUUCCACCAGAUGGGGAAGAUUGUGAAGGAGAGGAAGACGUCAUCGCGCAUCCGAUUCAUGUUGCAGGAUGUCAUAGACCUGAGACUGUGCAACUGGGUGUCCCGCAGAGCCGACCAAGGACCCAAAACCAUCGAGCAGAUCCACAAAGAGGCCAAGAUCGAAGAGCAGGAGGAGCAGAGGAAGGUCCAGCAGCUGAUGACCAAAGACAAGCGAAGGCCGGGAGUCCAGAGAGUGGAGGAGGGCGGCUGGAAUACGGUACAAGGGGCCAAGAAUAACCGAGUGCUGGACCCCACCAAGUUCCUGAAGAUCACCAAGCCCACCAUCGAUGACAAGAUUCAGCUGGUCCCCAAGGCUCAGCCUGGCAGUUGGGGGAAGGGAAGCAGCGGCGGGGCGAAGACCUCAGAGACAGAGUCCCUGCGGCCGGGGGUCCCGAGUCUGAACCGAUUCUCCGCUCUUCAACCUUCCGUCUCUCCAGUGGUCUCCCCCUCCUCUGAUCCGGACCCUCGCAGGAUACUGACAAGCCAUGCAAACACAGGACGGGAGAAGAACGACAAACCUGCACCACCACCCCCCACCUCAGCCCCCCGCCCCAGCAGCUUACUGCGAGGCAGCAGUAUCAAGGACCUCAUAGACAAUCAAGAAGACCUGAGACGGGAGCCGGUCCACACGGGAAAAGCGCUGAGCUCCUCCACCGAGCAGGAGAAGACUUCCAGCUUAGAGAGGAAGAGCAAAGAGCCAGCCAAGAGCGAGAUCGCAGAACCUGACAAGUCUCCGGUGUCCGAAGAGGAUUUGGAAAGGAGAUCGAAGGCCAUCAUAGACGAGUUCCUUCAUAUCAACGACUACAAGGAGGCCAUGCAAUGUGUGGAGGAGCUGGGGGCGCAGGGCACGCUGGCGGUCUUUGUACGGGUGGGCGUGGAAUCGACAUUAGAAAGAAGUCAGAUCACCAGAGACCACAUGGGGCAGCUGCUCCACCAUCUGGUGCAGUCCGGGAAGCUCAGCAAGCUGGACUUCUUCACAGGAUUUUCGGAAACUCUGGAGCUGGCGGAUGAUAUGGCGAUCGACAUCCCCCACAUCUAUCUGUACCUGGCAGAGCUGGUGACCCCCAUGUUGAAGGAAGGCGGGAUCUCCUUGAAGGAGUUAAUCACAGAGUUCAACAAGGCUCUGCUCCCUGUGGGCCGCGGGGGAGGGGUAUUGCUGUCGGAAAUUUUGCACCUUCUAUGCAAACAAAUGAGCCAUAAGAAAGUGGCGGCAUUGUGGAGGGAGACGGGGCUGAGAUGGAAAGAUUUAUUACCCGACGGGGAGGAUGUGCAAAGUUUUGUAAGUGAAAAGAAUCUGGACUUCACGUUGUCGGACUGCUCCAGCCCUUCAGAGAAGAAGGAGAUGACGGCGGAGGAGCUCAACAAGCGGCUGGAAGAGCUCAUCAUUGAGGAGAACGCCAACGAUGAACAUAUAUUUGACUGGGUAGAAGCUAAUCUAGAUGAAGGCCAGAUGACGUCUCCGACAUUCCUUAGAGCUUUAAUGACCGCCGUGUGCAAAGCGGCGAUUGUGGGGGAUUGUUCUUCCUGCCGUGUGGACACUACCUUCCUCAAACAGAAGGUUCCAGUCUUAGUGAAGUACCUGGACUCCAAUGUAGAGAGGGAACUACAAGCACUUUAUGCACUUCAAGCAUUGAUAGUAAAACUUGAUCAACCUCCCAACUUGCUCCGUAUGUUUUUUGAUUGCCUCUACGAUGAAGAAGUCAUAUCGGAGGAGGCCUUCUACCGAUGGGAGAGCAGCAAAGACGCGGCGGAGCAGAACGGGAAAGGCGUAGCGCUAAAGUCAGUCACUGCCUUUUUCACGUGGCUGCGAGAAGCCGAGGAGGAAUCCGAGGACAACUAGAAACUUAAAUAACAUUCUAAAGACCUUCAAAGAACGGACAAGACACAGCAAGGGCCACUUUCAGCAUCUUUAUAUAGUUUUUUUUAUUAUUUUUUUUUCUCCCCGUUCCUCUGUUCGCCAAUCAGGGUACAGAAAAUGGAUGAAAAAAAAAAAAAAACACAAGAAUGGAUCAAACGGGAUCCACCCGUCGGUGAAACAACCGACACCCAGCCCAAGAAUUAAUUUUUAAGUUUUGAAGUAUAGAGAGUGGGGGAGGGGGGGGGGAAGUGGAUCGGGGGGCGGUCGCCCCUGUGCAUUGUGGGCUAUUAUAUUUAUAGAAGUAAAUAUUAACGUUUUUUUUAAUUAUAUAUUUUUUUUUAAUACUGCCCUCUCAUGCUCUCAUAUUUUUUUUUUUUAAAGCAGAGAAAUAGAAAAGAGAGAGACUUGCCCUUGGGAAAAAAAAUAAAAAAAAUCCACAGAUCAUUUCAGAAAAAAAGAGAAUAAUUUAUUAUCCACGGACUACAUGAGCCGCCAGCGUUUCCUCCGCUCUGUGAAGCAGAUGUACUGUAGAAGACGGGAAACCUGGACCUUCCUCGCAUUGUAGCCUGCCUUUUAUAUUUAAAAAAAAAAAAAAAGAAAAGAAAAAAAAAAAAAA